AUGCGGUCCGGGGGCCAGGCGGGAGAGGGCACGGCCGCAGGGGCCGGCGCCGUCGCCUUGCUGCUGCUGCUGUUGCUGCUGCUGCUGGCCUUGGUGGUGAGGCAGCUGCUGAAGCAGCGGCGGCCGGUGGGUUUCCCCCCCGGCCCGGUGAGGCUGCCGCUCAUCGGCAACAUCCACUCCUUGGCGUCGGAGCAGCCUCACGUUUACAUGAAGAGGCAGAGCGAGCUGCAAGGGCAGAUCUUUAGUCUUGAUCUUGGAGGUAUAUCAGCUAUUGUACUGAAUGGCUAUGAUGCAGUAAAAGAAUGCCUUGUUCAGCAAAGUGACAUCUUUGCAGACCGGCCGCCUCUUCCUUUGUUCAAGAAACUGACAAAAAUGGGAGGUUUAUUAAACUCGAGAUAUGGCAGAGGUUGGACAGAGCAUCGCAAGUUAGCUGUAACCAGCUUUCGGAUCUUUGGAUACGGUCAAAAAUCGUUUGAAUGCAAAAUAUCGGAAGAAUCAGUUAUUUUUCUUGAGGCAAUUGAUACCUAUAAAGGCAAGCCUUUUGAUCUGAAACACUUGAUAACAAGUGCAGUUUCAAAUAUUACCAAUGUAAUUAUUUUUGGAGAACGAUUUACAUAUGAAGACACUGAAUUUCAACAUAUGAUUGAAAUAUUUAGUGAAAACAUUGAAUUGGCUGCUAGUCCUGCGGCUUUUUUGUAUAAUGCUUUCCCAUGGAUUGGUGCCUUCCCUUUUGGAAAACACCAACAGCUCUUUAAAAAUGCAGCUGAAGUCUAUGAAUUUCUUCUUCAUCUUAUUCAGCGCGCUUCACAAAACAGGAAACCUCAGUCACCUCGACAUUUCAUAGAUGCAUAUUUAGAUGAGAUGGAUAGAAAUAAAAAUGACCCAGAGUCCACAUUUUCAACAGAAAAUUUAAUUUUCUCUGUUGGAGAAAUUAUGAUUGCUGGAACAGAAACUACAACCAAUGUUCUAAGAUGGGCAGUAUUAUUCAUGGCUCUUUAUCCUAACAUUCAAGAGCAAGUGCAUAAAGAAAUUGAUUUAGUCGUGGGGCCAAACAGAACUCCUUGCCUAGAAGAGAAGUGCAAAAUGCCAUACACAGAGGCAGUCAUCCAUGAAAUUUUAAGAUUCUGUAAUAUAGCUCCACUUGGUAUUUUCCAUGCAACUUCAAAGGACACCGUUGUGCGUGGUUAUUCUAUCCCUCAAGGAACUACAGUAAUUACUAACCUCUAUUCUGUACACUUUGAUGAAAAGUACUGGAGUAACCCAGAAGUUUUUUGGCCUGAGAGGUUUUUGGACAGCUCGGGACAGUUUGUCAAGAAGGAAGCAUUUGUUCCUUUUUCAUUAGGAAAACGACACUGUUUAGGAGAACAGCUGGCCAGAAUGGAAAUGUUUUUAUUUUUUACUUCGUUGCUUCAACGAUUCCAUUUGCACUUUCCUAGUGCUUUGAUUCCAAACCUUAAGCCAAAAUUAGGCAUGACAUUACAACCUCAUCCAUACCUUAUUUGUGCGGAGAGACGAUGUUGAAU